AUGGACCCGGCCGUCAACCUGGAACGACCCUCUGGUGGGACCGACAUCGCCAAUGUCUUGCCGUCUCCAGGGAGAAUGACGCUCGCCAGGGCCAAGACUGGGGUCCGGGCCGCCUUGGACCUGAUCCAGUCGCCCGGUGACUUUGCCGUGUGGAAGGUCUUGAAGGACACGCCGGCCGACCUCGGUCUCCACAUGUUGGUCAACGGCGUUGGCUCCAUCGACUUUCCCCUCCGCGAAGCAUCCGCAAAACAGAUCAUUGCUCAGGCCAAGCAAGCACCGUACGGCCGCGGAGAAGAAACCGUCGUCGACACCUCGGUCCGCAAUACAUGGGAGCUGGAUGCGAGCCAGUUCAAACUGUUGCAGGAGAGCGGAACGUCUGCAAGACAGGACAUGGGAUGGCACCAUGUGAUCGAUACUGCGCGGAAGCUGGUCAUCGAAACCAUGGGCCUGAACUGCCGCCUGACCAGUCUUCGUGCCGAGCCGUACAAGAUGCUGUUGUACGAGAAGGGUGCCCAUUUCAAAGCACACACGGACUCUCCCAAGAUCCCGGGCAUGUUUGCCACACUCGUAAUUGUUUUACCAUCGGAACACGAGGGCGGCGACCUCAUCCUCAAGCAUCGACAUACAAAGAAGACGUUCAAGUCCUCGCACGCCACGAACAAAACUGGCAUUGGUUUCAUGUCUUGGUACACCGACGUUCAGCACGAAGUUGAACCCGUCACAUCCGGAUACCGCUGGGUUUUGACCUACAACCUCGCCCUGGAGUCCGGCGCACCGUCGAUCCCCCAGCAUGUUCCAACAGCCAGCGCCUUGGUGGAUCCGUACCCUUCCGUGGUCUACCCUGCGCUUGUCAACUGGCUAGCGGAAGCAACCGAUGAUCCAACGCAGGUGGCCGCGCUGGAAAUUGAGGCCAACAAGGCCGAAGCGAUGGCGGAGGCGGUCAGAGGCCAGUGGAAUUGGGAUUCUCACCGGCUGCUAGAGGCUGCCCGCGAAACGCGCAGAAGAGCUGAGGCCGCCAAAUGUGCCGUCCCACACGCCGUGUACGGCCUAGACCACCAUUAUACCGAGACCAAUCUGUUGCUGUCUGCAGCACGCGGUCGUGACGCGGGUGUCCUUAAAGGCCUCCAAUCCGCCGUGGCCGAACUUCCAGUAGACAUCUUCCUGGCCAUCUUGGAGAAACAGGAAGAGGGCAGCUGCGACGAUGACGAGGAUGGCUACCACAGCAGAAACCAGUACUACGGAUACUCUAACUACGAGGAAGACGAGAACCGUCAAAAUGCCGAAUGGCAUGCCAUCCAAGAGGUUUACAGCACCACGUACAGUAUCAAGAAACUAUUGGCACUAGACGGCUCGAAACUGGCAGAGUCCAUGGAUCUACAAAAGGACAAUAUUUUGCAGGACGAUUGUUUUGUCGACGCGGAUGGCAAAGAAACUGAUUACCAAGAGGGCUAUUCUGGAAACGAGCGGUUCUCCAUGUUCGAGAGUGCACCAGCGAAUUCCAACCUCGACCACCUCCUCAAAUACCUCAAAAAGACUUGCACAAGUCCAGUCAUCGGCCGAGACAAAGACUGCCUCGAAAUCCUCCGCGCAAUCUGCGACCACCUGUGGACACCAGAACAGCCGUUGGAUUACGAUACGCGCCCUGUGGACGAAGGCCAUGCCGCAACUGUACUUUCAAUUUUCGUGACAAUGCGAGACUGGGAAUACUUUGAGAAGGUGUUGAAAGAGUCGCAUGGCGACUUCGACGCCAAGUCCUUUUUCGAUUGGGUCAACCACAUGAUAAACAACGAUCAAAAUGUGACCUUUGCCCAAAUCGAGACGCAUAUGCGCAGCGCCGUGCUUGCCCUUCCAGCUCUAUCCGACGCCUUUAAUGCCAUCAGCACCAUUUGUCCCAAAUCAACAGGCUCCCAAGCCGCGAAGUCGGUAGCUUCGUCUUCAGGUGCUAGCGAUAGGGCCAGUCGGGAAGAGUGGGCGCAAACAACAACCGAGAUACUCCUGGACGGGCUCGGAUCAAAGGCCCUUGGAUACGUGGAUGCAUUUGCACUCGGCUACUUGUCUGUCAUUGCCGACAAGGCGUUGACAACACAAUCGCCAGACCUAAACAAGCAGUGGACCGCAAUCUACGAAAUUUUGGCCGAGCCCGUUGUCGCCGAAAUGGACAUUUCGGCAUUGUCAACUUCCGCCGGCUUCCAGCAGAAACUGGAUUCAAAUCUAGCCAGCCGAUUGUCCUGGGACAAUGAGUCAAAGUGGUCCGAGUUCGUCAAGGUCCUGGACAGUGAACAUGUCUCCUGUUUUUACAGACACAUCUUUUCAAUAAACACGCCUGUCACACGCCGCUUGCGACUGGAAUUGUCCCGCAAGAUUGCGUCUUUUUUCACCCCAGACGCGAGCGGUGAAUUUUCUGGUGCCAAGCCGAACAAGCUUGAAGAACUCAAAUUUUUGUGGUUGCCUGUCCUAAGACAAAUCUCCGGUACAAUCAAAGACCACGCCAUCGAGGACAAUGACGAUACUUCCAACGCGGCUGCAGGCGCUGCGUCUUUGCUGCCGCCCCACCAACACUGCACUUCAGUCAAUACCUUCUUGGCUGACGGCAACAUGAAAACAUAUCGUGUCAAGGUGAAUAAAACUCGGCGUCAGCACAUCCAGCAAAGCCUCGAAAUAAAUGGCGUCGACUGUACCCACGAGUCGGAGCGUCAUACGACCCCACACACUCUCGUCCUUACUAAGACGACAAAGCAUUUUACCAAAGAAAGGGCUGAUUGGACACGUCGAAAAGCGACCGCCAACCACACCUUGCAGGACUUUUCUCAGACGGACCUGCGUCGGAUUUUGGGAACCAGUUACGACGAGAUUAUGUCUAUGGAGAAGCUGACCAAACGGGUCCUGGCGUCGGCCCGGAAGCCAGACGCAAAACGGGUCAGAACAGAGGACGCCGCGGCCGCCCCAGGGACAGGGAGUGGCGUUGCUCCACUUCCGCCGCAGCUGGCCUUCUUGAGCACACUUCCUUCAUUCCCAUUUGCACCUGGGACCUCGAUUAUGACGGUCCCGCCAACACCAUCGCCCGGUAGACGGAUUGAUGCCGAUCCCUCGAUGACAUCGCCAUUGCCCGCUCGUGGAACCAAACGGAGGGCCGUGUCGGAUGUUGUUGAUCUCACCGAGGUCAGCGAAUAA